CUCACGUGAUUUGAACAGGAGGAGGGGGGGUUCCGUGUAUGUCCGAGCCCUUGUGAGGGAGGCCACCCCCCCAUGGUUACGCGGUGGCACGCCGAAAACAGCGCGCCUGCGCGGGCCUCCAGCGGCCUCAGCUGCUUCGCCCGGCGGUCGCCGCGAUGGAGACAUCCGGUCCAUCAGGCCAUGCGGAUGCUCCUGGUCCUCGUUGCUCAAAUGAGCUUCGUGGCAGGUGAGGCAGACUCGCCGGCCAGGCGUACUACCGCGGUGAACGUGGGCUAUGAGGUUUUUUCCGUGGAUGGCUCCAAUGUAGCAGCGGAGCCACGAAGCACGGUGAACGUCAACGUCCGAGCUGGUGUGGUCUACACGGCCUUUGUGAUUCAUGCUACGGCCGGCCUAGGGACCUCUAAGCAGGACAUCCGCGCCAAGCUGGUGCCCUAUGACAUGAGGUCCACGUUGCAGACCUGCCAGACGGUGGGUGCCUACAUGGGAUUUCCAUUUAAUGGGGCUGAAAAUGCCGUCAUCCCUGGGCAACUACCAGAGAACAUCCGGAACGUCUUUGGGCCACUGACCUUUCCCAACGGCGGACUGUUUAGACUUUGCUACUCUCCAGAUGGGGUGCAGUGGCAGGAGCUUGAGCCGAGCAUCUCAGUCUUUGGUGCCGAGAGCAAGGAAAACAAGAUUUGGUGUCCAGUGACCAGUCUUAGACGGGCGGAGUGCAAGACGACCACACCCACGCCCAUCGGCUGCGAGUGCACUGGCAAGGUGCAAGGGUACAAGAGAAAUAACAUGACCGAUGAGUUCAUGCUGACAGGAUUGCCAAAUCCGGCCUAUCCGCCCUGGCGCUCGAGCUUGACCUACGUGAACGAGGUCUGCGGCGGUGGUCAGGAUGCGGCCCCCUUUGUGGACAAGGUCUCCAAUGUUCAAAACGAGAUUGGUUACGAGAUCCACAACUUUGGCUUGAUCAAGGAUGGCUUUAACUUGGGAGUUUGGAAGGUUUGCUACUGCGCCGGCUUCGACUAUGACAAUGGCGCAGGGGAUGGAGGCGUUGUGACGGUCUGUUCCAACAACGCGCCGCAAGACUUUCCACAAGAGAUCGGAAUCCUCGUGAUCAUCGAUGUGCAGUCGCUCAUGGGACAGGCUGGAAGUAGAGACAUCACCGUCUAUCCCACCUUGCGCUUUGGACUCGUCAUCAAUUGUGGUCACGACGGCGUGCUGAAUAAAGCGCCGGACUCCGUGUCUGGCGGAUGUUCGACAAGCAACAGCGCGCGGUACAAGAUCAUCCGGUCCUCCUCGGAGAGCUUUAAGCCCUACUACGAUCCGGAUGCGGGCUGCCGCUUCCUGCCACAAGCCUCAACAGUCCGGGAUGGAGCACAGGUGCUCGGAGGCCAUUUGGGCCCCUUGAAUUGCGAGGGACCCUCGACCUGCUACGACACACCGGAGGAGGUGAUGGGUGGCAAGGCACCCACCUUCCUGGACGUCCAAGUGGAUGCCAGCUACGAGAAUCGGGUGAUGAUUGCAGCCACCUAUGACAUUUGCUACUGCGAUGAGAACUGCCUCAAUAGCGUUUACUGGUUCAAGGCCGGGACCUUGGAUGUGGAGCCUGUGGUGACCCGCUUCACCACGGACUACACCACCGGAUCCUACGGUGAGAACCCGGCCAUCGUCAACACAGGACGAUUGCUGGUGUUCCUGGGCUUUGGUACCGACUUCUCGCCAGUGCAAGGCAGUUGGACGGGUGGUGUCGAGACGAAGAACCGGGAGAUGAAGCUGCUGCGGGAUGAUGAUGGCAACGUGGACAAAGAAUCCUGCUUGAACACCCCGCAGCCCUUGGGCAUCUCCGGACACCGCCUGGUCAGUGGCAAUACGGACUACACCGAGCCACAGACCAUUUUAGAGGCCGAGGAUCCAGGACGGCCCCGAGGGCAGCUCUAUGGAUUGGUGUGCAACAACGCGGUCCCCACGCCGGACUGUGCGGCCAACAUCCGGAUCUCGGUGCCUGGGUGGUAUGCUGCUUGCUACUGCGACUCCAAUUGCACCGAGGUGAGCAAUUGGGCGGUCUUCGGCCGCCAAAUCGUGGCGGGACCGACCGCUCGACAAAGUUGGACGAGGUACACGGGCGUCACCUUCAGCAUCGACGUUGAGGGCUACGACCUGCAAGAAACCAACCGGGCUUUGAUCCUGAACACGGCUCAACAGCUGCAAGAUUGUGGGAACCUGGGCCCUACGAACAAUGCCAACGGCCCGAUUGGCACAGCGAUCCUCCACACCCGCGACACCUCUGGGGCACGGCUCACCGACAUGGUUUGGUCGAGUAUGGGCACGGAGAUCUCCUUCGACAGGAGCCAUGGCCUCAAAGACGGAGAUCGAGUGAGGAUGACAGGAGUGAACGUUGAUCCCACCGACAACACGCCUGCUGCUUCAGCGCUAGCCUUGAAACGGAUCGAGAUGUUCAACACCGUCCACGAGGUCUUCGUCUCCUGUGACGACGACGCCACGAGCUGCUGGAAGAUCCUCAUUCCCGUGCGCUUCGCGGCGGCGGAGUUCCCCAAUAUCCCCAACAUCCCCAGCGUGGGGUGGUCGCAAACCUCCAAAGAGACCUUCCAGAACAUCAAGGUCGAAGAUGGGGCUGAAUCACCCGAGGGACGGGGCUACAUCGUGUGUUGGUGCAGCGAAUGUGGACUCGCUGACGCUGACUUCCAAAGUUAUGUCGGGCAGGCGGGUCAGAUCACCGUGAAGCGCCCGAAUGCCAUGCCAGAGGCCUACUUGGGCCUCACUACUGUGAUGCCUGAUCAAACGCCCAACCAGGGCAAUCCCGGUGGCCCGGUGGCGAUCGCCUUCGUGACGGGGGAUUUGGCACACUAUGCAACAGCCACAGGUCAACAGCAUUUGGUCUUUGAGAUCCUGCCGGGAUUGGACGACACCAUUCCUGGAAGCUCGGUCUACAGAGAUGUGCUCUUGCCGCGGACCAAUCUCUUGGAGCCUCUCUUGGUCUCUGCUGACCUGGAUCAGCCCUCAGAGGCCCGGCAAGACUUCUGCGGACGGCUCUUCACCGAGCUUUGGUCUGAGGAUGAAGAAGGCUUUCCCAUGCCAGAUGGUUGCUACUACAGUGAGGACACGACAAAUCCAUCCAUGACUGUGAAACAGCUUCACAUCCUCUUCAGCGCGGGGAAUCAUUUGAAGAAGAACACCAAGUACAUGGCCAUCACCAACAUGAAUGUGCUUGAGUACCUCCGAGCCGACUUCCCUGCGGAUGGGGCCGUGUGGGUGUGGUCCAUGGAUGACGUCUACAACAAUCCCUUCGGCGUGGUGGAGAAGGGAUCUGCUUACCCAACGCCUGGGACUCGAGUGCCUCCUCGCGAUACCUUGGGCAACCCCAUGUUCAACCAAGCGGGAGAUCCACGCUUCGACACAGAGCUUCAGAACGGCCAGGCCGCUCAGGGCUUCCGCGUGCUGGGCACCAACGGCGCCAUCAUCGAGGAGAUGAAGACCUACUGCAUUCCUCAUGAUGAGAAGAACCCCACUGUGUCACCGUCCACGACACUGGCGUGCCAAGUGUGCAACACCGAGGAGGACUGCGGCAACGGGGGAAAUGGCGUGGAGCCCGAUCCUUCUUUGAGCUUCUGCCGCUCGCCCAUCGAUGCCAAGUGCCCGGAUGCCAAUGGCGACCUGUUGAACGUGCCUGCCUUCAGCUUCGAAUUCAAAGCACGCUUGGGCCAUCCCAUCAAGCCGCAGUCGAUCCUGCGGCUGUGGCUGCAUCCACUGACGCAGUGGGACAUCGGAGCUGCGUGCCAGGUGGCCCACACAUUUUGUCCCACUGUGGUGGGCGGGGUGUGCUCCAGCCCCAUUUGUCAGCCUGAGUCAGUGGUGGGCGGCAUCGUGGUGGGCAUCGCAGCAUGGCCAGUGAAUACCCUCAGGAUCAUCCUACCCAACAUCAUGGCAGAUGUCACCAGUACUUCGAAGAUGAUCAUGAAGAUCGGCAACUUGCCCCUGCCGGCGGGCGGCUUCUUUCCCUCGGUGGUCACUGCAGAGAUCAUGAAGGAUGGCGGCUUUUCGCCCUUCUAUUGGGACAUGAUCAUGGCCCAAGCGGUGUCCAACGUGAAUGGAGGGAGUGCUCGGCUCUACAAGAGGCCCUUGAUCUUGGCAGCUUCCUUGGUCUCCACCGUGGGCGAUGGCAACCAAGCGCCCUUCAGAGGCGAUACCGGGAACAAGAUCUACGCACGGAUUCGCUUCGGCACCACCUUCUACGGCUUCGGAAACCUUGUGCAGCUGAACUUCAAGUUACCGCUAGGCUACGCCUGCGUGUCGGCCAACCAGGGCGGCUCUGUGCCAGAUCUGUCCAUUUUGGCGAACCGCUUCCCUUCGACCAAGGGGCGCUUGGGUGGCAAGGUUCCUGAAGUCCGGUACCGGCCAGUGGCGACGCCAGACGUGUUGUGUCAGAUCACCUUGCUGGAGAACAUGAUCAUUUAUGCCCGCACAAUCUAUUACGUGGAACUGGAAGUGAACAACCCGACCACUGCCUUGAAGAAGGAUGAUGUGCUCAAUACCUGGAGCUUGACGGUGGUCCACAAUGGCUACACCCCAUCGCAAAUCAUGGGCAGUGGAUCCGGCGAGGACUUCAACCUUUCCACCAAGGAGCUCACCUUCUGCCCUGCGCCUCGCGACAAGCUUUUUUGCUUGUCAAGCUUCGGCACGGGCUACGCAGAUGCCCUGCC